CAUGUUUAUGUAAACACAAAAUAAGAAACGUCAAAUUAUGAAAGUCGUAGGUUAUCACUGAAAAGUUAUCAAAUUUGGAAUAAUGUGAAAUUACAUUUCUAAUUUUUUUGUGUACGUAAUCAAAUUUUUUGUUCGACCAUACGAAUUUCCGAAAUUAUUUUUUCAAACUUUAUAUCCUAAUAUGGAAUUAAUUUGUGGAGUUCAGAAUUAUGAAUGGGGCAAACGUGGAAAAGAAAGCAAGGUAGCUGAAUUUUUGAAAUCUGCACAACCUAAAAACAAGAUCGAAAAGGAAACUCCUUAUGCUGAAUUAUGGAUGGGAUGUCACCCUAGCGUACCUUCCAAAGUAAAACAAGGCAAUCAACUUCUUCAAAAUGUGAUCAUUAAGGAUCCUUCAGUAUUGGGUAAAAAUGUUACAGAUAAAUUUGGAAAUCAGCUACCUUUUUUAUUCAAAAUACUUUCUAUAAAUAAAGCUUUAUCAAUUCAAGCACAUCCAUCAAAGAAAUUAGCCGAAGAAUUGCAUGCUAAACAACCAGACAUCUAUAAAGACCCUAAUUAUAAACCAGAAAUGGCAAUAGCUCUUACACCUUUUGAGGCUUUAUGUGGAUUUAGACCAGUUUGUGAAAUUAAGGCAUUCUUGCAAGCUGUUCCAGAACUGAAAAAUCUUAUGCAAGAUGUAAAUACCGAUGAUGAUUUUCAAUUGGUCAAAUCUGCUAUACGCUCAGUUUUACAACAGCCAAAGGAAAAAGUUGAGGAAGAGGUGAACAACUUGAUUGAUAGGAUAUCAAAAAUUAAAAGUGAACAUCAAAAAUGUUUUGAAAAUGUGGAACUUAUUCAACGACUCAGCAAACAGUUUCCUGGUGAUGUAGGUAUAUUUAUGGUUUACUUUUUGAACCAUAUAAAGCUAAAUCCUGGAGAAGCGAUUUAUUUGGCAGAAUGUGAGCCACAUGCUUAUCUUUGUGGAGAUUGUGUUGAAUGUAUGGCCUGUUCUGAUAAUGUUGUUCGAGCAGGAUUAACCCCAAAAUUGAUUGAUGUUGACACACUUGUAUCAAUGCUAACUUAUCAGUGUACACCACCUGAAGAUAAAAUAUUUUGGCCUUGCGUUGAAGACACUUAUACCUACGUAUUUCAACCUCCAGUACCUGAUUUCGCUGUAGCUCAUAUAAAGAUUCCAGGUCAAACUAAUCAACAUGCUCUAAUAAAAAGGAAGAGUGCUAGUAUCCUAGUUGUUACCUCUGGUAAAGGAACAUCUGAAAAUAGAGAAUUGGUCCCUGGAAGAGUGUUCUUUGUACCUGCUGAACAAGAAUUCAAACUUUCUUCAGAAGAAGAUCUCGAAAUUUUCCAGGCAUUUGUGAACAUUUGAGAAUCAAUUCGAGAUCAGACUUGUGAUAUGUUCGUCAUCAAAUUGGAUGAAUUAUUUUUGAACCAAAAAAUUAGAGAAAAAGCAAAUAUAUAUAAAAGAAAAUUUAUUCCUGAGAUAAAAACAUUAUACUGUAAUCAAGUUAAUAAAACUAAACGAAUAUGAA